GUUGGUCUGUCAUUAGUUUUAAUACAAAAUAAUAUAUUUUGGACCUGAUGCGUAAAUGCUGGAAUGCCCCAAACACCGUUUUCGGUGCUGGUAAAAUUUCUAGCUUCUUACACUUAGAAAUUGACAUGAUUUUUUGCUACCAGCCUAUGUACGUACAUGAUAUAUCUACCUACCUAGGAUAAUCUAAUUUCUGAUUAAAAUUAGCCGAUUUAGGCUUAAUGAUUACGUUAUCUCGUUUUCAAUUCGUCUCUACUCGAAAAUAAAACCUGGCGAUCUGCCAUAGGUUUCACACACAAUUUUUACCAUCGUCGGAGAAAGUCACCGUUAUUUUCAUACAAGUCUAUAUAAUAUUUUUUCAUCGUGCACGUGGGUUGUACGCUCGACGAAGGUCACGCGUGCCCGGGGGGCGCCCCAUCCCUGCCAACCCCCGCAGUCGCAGACUAGUCGCUUCUCCGCCAUUCCACCAGAACCUAUCCAUCAUUGCAAACGCAAACGCGAAUCUGCUAACGAUAAAUUGAAGUGGAAUUUCAUACAGUUUCUCGUGUUGAUUAGCCUCAAUUGAACAGUUCAGCUUAGCCGCGUAACGAGAUUAGCACAACUUUGGGGUGUAACAGUCAGUGUCUUCAAGAAAUCGUUUGGUCUUUGACUCCUAGAAAAUAAUACACGGUUUGAGCACUUUCUUGAUUAAAGUUUAAAAGCGGCUCGAAAUUCGGCUUCAAAAAAGGUAAGCUAUUGAAUUUAUCCUUUCUUUAAUUUCAAAAUAAUGAACAAAACACUGUACAAGCAUUAAUAUCAGACCUCUUCUGUUUCGAUUUAAAAUACUGGCUGGGAAAAAUUACGAGUAGAAAAGUAAAAAUUUUGCUUUCGCGCCAAUAACCUUUGCUUGAUCUUGUGCGAUUUUUGCGAAACGGGGAUUUGAACGGACAACGGUGCUAGGGCCCGACUUGAGCGAUACUCGAACAGGCGUGUUUUAGCGAUGGCCGCCUCCGACAAGCUGUACCCCAACUGCGACGCCAGCGUGUGGCUGCGCUCCUGCGAGCAGGAGGUCACCGAGCCUCUCGACGGAGAAAUAACAGGCGAGCUACCGGAAUGGCUGCGCGGGACCUUGCUGCGCAACGGGCCGGGCUCGCUGAAGGUCGGCGACAUGCGCUUCAAGCACCUCUUCGACAGCUCCGCGUUGCUACACCGGUUUGCGAUCCAUGAGGGAAGCGUGACGUACCAGUGCCGCUUCCUGCAGUCCAGCACAUACAAGCGCAACCAGGCGGCGCAGCGCAUCGUGGUCAGCGAGUUCGGCACCAAGGCCGUGCCCGACCCCUGCCAUACCAUAUUCGACAGAGUCGCAUCGGUGUUCAAGCCGGACGAGACGAUCUCCGACAACGCUAUGAUAUCGCUGUACCCUUUUGGCGACGAGAUAUACGCUUUCACGGAGGGACCGGUCAUUCACAGGAUAGACCCAGUGACCCUGGACACGAUGGAACGCAAAAACAUGAUGGACUCCAUAGCGUUGGUGAACCACACCUCCCACCCGCACGUUAUGCCCAACGGUGACGUGUACAACGUGGGCAUGUCGGUGGUGAAGGGCCGCGUCAAGCACGUCGUGGUCAAGUUCCCGUUCACAGAGAAGGGCGACAUGUUCGCGCGCGCGCGCGUGGUGGGCAGCCUGCGCCCGCGCUGGCCGCUGCACCCCGCCUACAUGCAUACCUUCGGCAUCACAGAGAAGUACUUCGUGAUCGUGGAGCAGCCGCUGGCGGUGUCGCUGUACGGUGCUCUACGCUCCCAGGUGGCCGGCGCGCCGCUCGCCGACAGCCUCCACUGGUACCCCGAUCAGGACACGCACAUCGUGCUGAUCAGCCGCAGCACGGGCAAGGAGGAGCGGCGCUACUGCACGGAGCCGCUGUUCUUCCUGCACAUCAUCAACGCCUUCGAGCGCGACGGCACGCUCGUGCUGGACCUCUGCGCCUACAAGGACGCCAAGGCCAUCGACGCCAUGUACGUCCAGGCUAUCGAGAACAUGCAGAGCAACGCAGACUACGCGGAGUGGUUCCGCGGGCGGCCCCAGCGGCUGGAGCUGCCUCUGGACGCGACGACGCCGGCGCGGGUGGCCGCCCGCCCGCUGGCCGCGCUCGGCUGCGAGACGCCGCGCAUACACUACGACGCCUUCAACGGUCGUCCGUAUCGCUAUUUUUAUGCCAUCAGUUCAGAUGUUGAUGCGGAAUAUCCUGGUGCGGUGAUCAAGGUGGACACGUGGACGGGCGCCACGCUGACGUGGAGCAGCGCCGACUGCUACCCCAGCGAGCCCGUGUUCGUGCCCGCACCCGACGCCAAGAGCGAGGACGACGGCGUGCUGCUGAGCGCGCUGGUGUACGGGCGCGACGCGCGGCGCGUGGCGCUGCUGGUGCUGUGCGCGCGCUCGCUGCGGCGCCGCGCGCUCGCCGCCUUCCGCACGCCCUCGCCCGCGCCCAAGUGCCUGCACGGCUGGUUCCUGCCGCACGCUCCACAGGCCUAAGGCGCUGCUGGUGCUGUGCGCGCGCUCGCUGCGGCGCCGCGCGCUCGCCGCCUUCCGCACGCCCUCGCCCGCGCCCAAGUGCCUGCACGGCUGGUUCCUGCCGCACGCUCCACAGGCCUAAGGCGCUGCUGGUGCUGUGCGCGCGCUCGCUGCGGCGCCGCGCGCUCGCCGCCUUCCGCACGCCCUCGCCCGCGCCCAAGUGCCUGCACGGCUGGUUCCUGCCGCACGCUCCACAGGCCUAAGGCGCUGCUGGUGCUGUGCGCGCGCUCGCUGCGGCGCCGCGCGCUCGCCGCCUUCCGCACGC